UAUCCAUCUAGUCGUUGGUUUGUUAUGAUCGUUAUCGAUCGUUAUGAUGAUUGCCAUGAUUAUCUUUGUAAUUUAUACUGGAUGGGUUUUCUAAUAGUGGAUCCGAGAUUCGUGUUUGUGGUUAUUUUAUUUUGUUUCUUAGUGUGAUUUUGUUCUUGUAUUGGUCAAGUUUCGCGCAGGGUCGAGUUGAAUGAAAUAAUGACAUUUUAUUUUUACUAUUCAAAGUCGUCAAGAAUACUGACAUAAAGCGUGAAGAUACAUGACUCCCAGACAUCUGUUAAAUACGGCGUCGUAUGACUGCAGAGAUGACUGCGUAAAAUACGUGAAAGUGCUUGAAAUUUUAAACUAAUAAGUUUUACAAGGCUCCCCCAGUAUGGCUCCUAGUGACCCCACACAGAGAGAAAGCUCCUGCUGCCAUAGAAGUAUCAUACAGUUUGGUGAAAUUAAAAGUGAACUGAAAAACAUCAGACAGACAGUUGAAGUUGCUGUUCAACUACUAAGUAAAUUGGUUGGCUUGACACCAAAUGACAUUCAGGCAUUGGCUUGUAGCAGUGAAAUUGGUACCUGUACUUCAGCAUCAGUCUUGGAUGGCCGUUCUGUUGUCAGCAGAGCAUCUGACAAUGUAUUCAGAAGAGAUACAGCCAAAGAAUCAAUGAAUAUAUCCUUAAGUCAGACUGCAGUCAUGAAAGGUGUUUCUGCAAAAGUGAAAACUAUGGCAGAAACUAAGAAUGGUGAAACAACCAGUGAAACUGAGAUCAGCAAAAUAAAUGUUGAAGCGAAUGAAGAAACUGGAAUUCAAGCCGAAAGUUUUAAAUCAGCAGUUGAAAUGGAGAGUAAUGAGACAGUUGAAGUGAAGAAUGAUAAAAAUGUGGUAGAAACUAGGAAUGGUAAAGAUUCUAGUAAAGUGAAGUGUGACAAAUUCCCACAGGUUACUUCCACCAUCUCUUUCCCUUCUCUGUCAGAACAGUUAACUACAUUUUUAAAGGCAUCUCCUCCAACCACAUCACUGUCAGAAAAUGCAACUGUUAACAAUGCCGAAGGCUGUGCCACAGUCUCAGAACAUUCAACCACAUCUGAAUGCCGAGCUGUAUAUGCUGAUUCUGACAUCUCAGUAAGUGCUGUACAGGAAGAACCCAGACAUAAACAGACUGAUACUAUGCAAGGGUCAAGUUUGUGUGAUGUGACUUCAUCAGACAAGUUGCCUCCAGUUUAUGACUUUGGUACAUCAACAUCACAGGAUGUUUGUAUGAGUUCGGUAGUUGUGAAGACUGUGAUGAGAGACCUUGAAGUGGGCCUGAGCAGUGUGAAAGUGAAACAGGAGAAACCACUGGGAUAUGAUGAUACUGAUUUGAGUGCUUUUUCCAUCAGUGUUGAAGACAGGUUACAGGAACCUGAGGAAGUGAAAAUGGAACCAGAGGGAUUGUUUAUAAGUGAUUCUUUGCUGCCUGUGUGUGUCUUACUGAAAAAGGAAGAUGGAUUUUGCACCAGUAAUACUCAGGAAAACAGGACUGUAUCUGAUGCUGGUAGUAAUAGCACAGAACAGUUCAGUGGAGAGAAUUCUGUUGUAAACACUGACAGUAAUCUAACUGUAUGCAAUAAGGAUCAGGAAAAUGGUCACGUUAUACAGGAUUCUCCAUUCCAGGAAACAUCGUCAUUACACUCACUCCUUGGAAGUGCACUUGUUUCAAAAUUAAAGCAGAAGAUUCAAGAAAAAAUUCAGGCUACGGUUUACGCAGCUAAUGAAGAGAAGAAAGUUAAUGAAGAUGAAAGUAAUAAUCUAGCAAACAAAAACAAAUGUAUAGAGAUAUCACAUCUGUUUAGGAAGGAUUGCAAAACUUUGAAGAAAUUAAUGGUAUCUCAGAGUAAACUUCGCCGUAAAUUUUAUCAGUGCAAAUCAUGUGCAAGAAUCUUUUUCUGUAAGAUGGCUCUUCAUGUACACAAGAACCAUUGCAGGGGUUUGCAGAAACAGUACCACUGCAGUUCUUGCCCCCUCAUGUUUAAAUCAAGAACAGUUUUAUUCAAUCAUCGACGGUUGCACUCUGCAAAGAAAUCGAAACAUAGGCAUAAAUGUGAAGUGUGUGGACGAGAAUUUAUUCUCAAAUCCACCCUGAGGAAACACAAGCAAUCUCAAGUAUGCAAAGGAACCAGAAUGAAGUGCUACAGGAAGUUGCCACAGCAUUUUUGUGGUGAGUGUGGAGAGGGUUUUUUAAAUUCCAGUAACUUAGAAUUACACCGGAAACUACACAAAGUAGGCAAAACCCAUUCCAGCAGCAAUGUUACUGGAAACACAGGCAUUGGUAAUCGAAGUGGAUCAGUAGUUGUUUCUAGGACUGUCAGACGUUACCCAUGUAGUUACUGUGAUGAAGCAUUUAUAGAUAGACGUUCAGUAACAUUGCAUGAAAAAGUGCAUACAGAUAAAGAGUUUGCAGCAUUUGAUCAGGAGAGGAAGAUGAUCCAGAGGAGGCAUCAAUUGACAAUGAUGUUGCAGAAGCAACAACAAAGCAACAAGAAAAAGUUUGGAUGUGAUGUUUGUGGUCGAUGUUACUCAAUUGAACUGCUGUUACACAUGCAUACAAGACUGCAUCAUGCUAUUUCUUAAGUAGAAAAUGUAUCAUUCUGUUCUUCCAGAUUUCUAAGGACAUAACACUGUAAUUCAGUGAUGAAUGAAAUAUGACCUUAAACUGCAGAAUUUUAUAGUCAUCCCACUAAUUGUUAUUAUUCAGUGGUAGAAGUGAUUUGCUUAUCUUGCUGAUACUCUUAUCUUUCAUAAAAGUUUGCUACCAUAUUAUCUUCAUAAGGUUACAAUGUGCCAUUUCUAUGGCGCUGCCAUGUAGGCAAUCUGAUACUGAUUAGGAAGUAAAGUAUCUGCAUUUGAAAGAACUGCUGUAAGUGACCCAUCACUGCCUUCAAGUAUACUUCACAGUGCC